AUGUCGCAACCGCAACCACUUACGACGGAGUCUUCCGCCGCUGCUGCCGUCCAGCAACCGCCGCCGGUCCACGUUCGGGACCCGAUCGUGGCCACAACACGACCCACAAGCCCGGUGUCCGCCGCCAGCCUGAACAGCUCCCAGUACAUUUCUCACGGUACUGCUUUCGCAGCCUUCUUCAAAAGCUAA